AUGGAGCAAAUCAAGGCUCUGAAUGCUUUGGAGCCCUUCCUAGCUCUUACGAAAUCUGCGACAUCACCCCGCGCUGCUGUCGACCUGAUCACUCGAGCGACUGAUGCUCCAGGAACCUACAUAUUCACCGAACUUCUCCUCACUCCCCAAAUUCAAGCUCUUUCUACCGCCCCUCCAGAGCAAGCAGCCUAUCUCUCCCUCCUGAAGAUCUUCAGUUAUGGCACAUACGCCGACUACACUAGCGAUCCAUCUCUCCCCACCCUUUCCGCAGCUCAAACCCUCAAACUCCGCCAGCUUUCCUUUCUCACCCUUGCCAAGAACCCCGCAGAAUUGACUUACCCCAAACUCCAAUCUGCCCUCGCUCUUUCCACUCCCCGCGAACUCGAAGAUCUUGUCAUCAGUGCUAUAUAUGCUGGUCUCAUUACUUGUACAUUGGACCCAUAUAAUCAAACCGUACUUGUCUCCUCCGUCUCACCCCUCCGCGAUCUUCCCCACUCCACAAUCCCAUCUAUGCUCUCCACUCUCUCCGCCUGGUCCGCUCGUUGCACCACUACCCUCUCUUCCCUCGAAUCUCAAAUCGCCUCCAUCAAAGCCGAUGCCCAGCGCCGUCACCGCGAUGAACAGGAUUGGAACGCCCACGUCGAAUCUCUCCUCGAACCCACUCCUCCCACUGAGAAUUCGUCAGGACCGACUGGUAUCAUGGGCAAUAUCCAAAGUCUAACAGGCAGAAUGACGAGAUCGUCUGGGAAACGCCACAACCGAUUAGAAGGACAGUCUAGUGAUGAGGAAAUGGAUGACGUGGAUCCAAUGGGUGGUCAGCAUAAGGAUACACGAAGUUCGAAGAAGAGAGGUUUUGGCGGGUUAGGAUUUGGGAAGUGA